GUCACUCGAAGCUCCGUCCUCUGAGAUCACAAGAACAGCUCCCGGACACAGACUGGAAGAUCCAUCCAAUCAUUUAUCCAAAAAGACACAAACCGGGGAGUAAACAUGCCUCUCAGGCUGGACAUCAAGCGGAAGCUGACAGCACGCUCGGACCGGGUGAAGAGUGUGGACCUUCACCCCACCGAGCCGUGGAUGCUGGCUAGUCUGUACAACGGCAGCGUGUGCGUGUGGAACCACGAAUCACAGACUCUUGUGAAGACAUUCGAGGUGUGUGAUCUCCCUGUCAGGGCCUCCAAGUUUGUCGCAAGGAAGAACUGGGUCAUCACUGGAGCGGAUGACAUGCAGAUCCGGGUGUUCAACUACAACACCCUGGAGCGUGUGCACAUGUUUGAGGCCCAUUCUGACUACAUCCGCUGCAUCGCCGUGCACCCCACCCAGCCCUACAUCCUCACCAGCAGUGACGACAUGCUGAUCAAGCUGUGGGACUGGGAGAAGAAGUGGAGCUGCAGCCAGGUGUUCGAGGGCCACACACACUAUGUCAUGCAGAUCGUCAUCAACCCCAAAGACAACAACCAGUUUGCCAGCGCCUCCCUGGACCGCACCAUCAAGGUGUGGCAGCUGGGCUCGUCCUCUCCUAACUUCACCUUGGAGGGGCAUGAGAAGGGGGUGAACUGCAUCGACUACUACAGCGGAGGAGACAAACCCUACCUGAUCUCUGGAGCAGACGACCGCAUGGUCAAGAUCUGGGACUACCAGAACAAGACUUGUGUUCAGACCCUGGAGGGCCACGCCCAAAACGUGUCCUGCGUCAGCUUCCAUCCUGAGCUGCCAAUCAUCAUCACCGGCUCAGAGGACGGUACGGUGCGUAUCUGGCACUCCAGCACCUACCGCCUGGAGAGCACCCUGAACUACGGCAUGGAGCGGGUCUGGUGUGUCUGCGGCCUGCGGGGCUCCAACAACGUUGCCCUGGGAUACGACGAGGGCAGCAUCAUCGUCAAGCUGGGCCGGGAGGAGCCGGCCAUGUCCAUGGACUGCAGUGGGAAGAUCCUGUGGGCGCGGCACUCAGAGGUGCAACAGGCCAAUCUGAAGGCCCUGGGAGAGGCUGAGAUCCGGGACGGAGAGCGCCUCCCCCUGGCCGUCAAGGACAUGGGCAGCUGUGAGAUCUACCCCCAGACCAUCCAGCACAACCCCAACGGCAGGUUUGUGGUGGUGUGUGGAGACGGGGAGUACAUCAUCUACACGGCCAUGGCCCUGAGGAACAAGAGCUUCGGAUCAGCACAGGAGUUUGUCUGGGCACACGACUCUUCAGAGUAUGCCAUCAGGGAGAGCAGUAGUGUGGUGAAGCUAUUUAAGAACUUCAAGGAGAAGAAGUCCUUCAAGCCUGACUUCGGAGCAGAAGGGAUCUACGGAGGGUUCCUGCUGGGUGUCCGGUCGGUGAACGGACUGGCCUUCUACGACUGGGAGAACACUGAGCUCAUCAGACGCAUCGAGAUCCAGCCCAAACAUAUCUUCUGGUCAGACUCGGGGGAGCUGGUGUGCAUCGCUACCGAGGACUCCUUCUUCAUCCUGCGCUACAUGUCCGAGAAGGUGGCCUCCUGCCAGGAGACCAACCAGGGGGUCACAGAGGACGGUAUAGAGGAUGCCUUCGAGGUCCAAGGGGAGAUCCAGGAGGUGGUGAAGACAGGGAUCUGGGUAGGAGACUGUUUCAUCUACACCAGCUCUGUCAACAGACUCAACUACUUUGUAGGAGGAGAGAUCGUCACCAUAGCACACCUGGACAGGACCAUGUACCUGCUGGGGUACAUCCCUAAGGACGACCGUCUGUACCUGGGGGACAAGGAGCUGAGCAUGGUGAGCUUCUCCCUGCUGGUGUCGGUGCUGGAGUACCAGACGGCGGUCAUGAGGAGAGACUUCAGCAUGGCCGACAGGGUGCUGCCCACCAUCCCCAAGGAGCAGAGGACCAGGGUGGCCCACUUCCUGGAGAAACAGGGCUUCAGACAGCAGGCCCUGGCUGUUUCUACAGACCCUGAGCACAGGUUUGAACUGGCGCUCCAGCUGGGGGAUCUGAAGAUCGCAUAUCAGCUAGCUGUGGAGGCAGAGGCAGAGCAGAAGUGGAAGCAGUUGGCAGAGCUGGCGAUCAGCAGGAGUCAGUUCAGCCUGGCUCAGGAGUGUCUGCACCAGGCGCAGGACUACGGAGGGCUGCUACUGCUGGCCACAGCCUCAGGGAACGCUGCCAUGGUGAACAAGCUGGCCCAGGGCGCCCGCAGGGAUGGGAAGAACAACGUGGCCUUCAUGACCUACUUCCUGCAGGGCAAACUGGACGACUGUCUGGAGCUCCUGAUCUCCACCAACCGUCUGCCGGAGGCGGCUUUCCUGGCGCGCACCUACCUGCCCAGCCAGGUGUCCCGUGUGGUGCAGCUGUGGAGGGAGGGGCUGGGUAAGGUCAACCAGCGGGCAGCAGAGUCCCUGGCCGACCCCACCGAGUAUGAGAACUUGUUCCCCGGCCUGCGAGAGGCCUUCCUGGCCGAGAGCUUCCUCAGGGAGACCUGCCUGGGGCAACCCCGGCCAGCUACAGACUACCCCCUGGUCACGCCUAAUGAAGACAGGAAUAUCCUGGAGGAGGCAAAGGGUUAUGAACCCACAGGAAUCCUGCCCACCCCCCCACCACUGGAGGAGACCAGUGAGGAGCCCAGCCUGGCUGCUGGAAUGAUGGCGUCCAUGUUGUCGAUGGUGACUGCUCCCGUGGCGACUACGGUGGCUGCUGUAACUCCUCCCUGUGACCCUGCCCCCACCCAAAAGAAGGAGGAAGAGGAGGAGGAGGAGGAGGAGGAGGAAGAAGAGGAGGAAGAAGAGAGCCCUGGCACAUCAGACACACAGAAGGACAAGGUUCUGGAGGAGCAGGAGGACUUGGAGGAUGACCUGGACAACAUGGAUCUGGGGGACAUUGACACCACAGAUGUCAACCUGGACGAAGACUUCCUCGACGACUGAUGACCCCCACCCAAUCAGGCUUUUCCAUUCUAUUUAAAGAGACCAAUCCCCUCCUCCCUUUUUUGUAUUUGUUUUCCAGUGUUUCCUGUCCUACGGUGGAUGAUGAUGAUGAUGAUGAUGAUGAUGAUUUCCUGAAGAGGAAACAGUGCUAAGUUUUCUGCUGCUGACUCUGAUUCUGCUGACUCUUGCAUAUUUUUGUACUUUAUUCAGGACCUGGUCUUCACUAACAGCUUGUGCAUUCUGUUAUAUAUAUUUUAUUUCCAUGUGUUCAGAUAACCUUUCAUCUGAUAUGUCAAAUAAAAAUUCAUAAUUGUG